AGAGAUAUUGUUACCAAUUUCUGCUAUAUCAUGGGGAAGUCAAGGCUCACUUAUUGUUGCUAAUGGUAAUCAAUUACGUUGUUACAAUAAAUGGUUAAGUAGAGAGGACCUUAAUAAAGUGUUAAAUAUAACUGGUGUUAACAAAUAUCCAACUUUGUUUCAUGUUGUCGACUAUUUAAAUGGACCAUUACCUCAUCAUCAUCCAACAUUAUUGAUACAACAUAUUUUAUGGGGUAGAAUGGAACUUGUUAAACAGAUACUUGCACAUCUUUAUAAAUAUAUAAAGUUAUUGUUAAGUUACGAUAAACCAAUUGCAACAAUUCUUCCCAUGCCUUUUGAUAAAUUAUUUGGAGAAGACAAAACGACAUCAACUAUUAAGACACGUCGUUACAGCCUUUUAUUUGAUGAAGAUAGUGAUGAUGACGGAUCUCAAGAAUCCACGCUUGAGUUUACCCAAGAAGUAGCUGAAUUCUUAAGUGAAAAAUUAAAAUCGAUUUCACUUCCAGAUUUAUCACACGUCGAACAAGCACAAUUACUUGCUUUAGUUGAUACUAUAAUACAAGUUGAAAGUCAAAAAAGAAGUUUAGACGAAAACGGUGUUAGAUAUGUAUUAUUUAUGCGUCGAUAUCAUUACUUACAUCGUUCUAAAUUAACAUCUGCUAUAAGCUCAUCAGAAUUAAGUUUUCGAGAUAUGGCUUGGGCAUUACAUAGUGAAUCUCAGGAUUUAUUGAUUGAAUAUAGUACAAUGGCUUCUGGUGGUAAAUUCUUUUGGAAAGAUGCCAGAGUUCAUGGAAUUUUUUUAUGGAUUCGUAAUAUUGAUACAAUUCGUCAACAAAUGGAAAUAAUAGCACGUAAUCAUUAUAUGGCAAAAGAAGAAAGAGACCCUACAGAUUGUUCAUUAUUUUAUAUGGCUUUAAAAAAAAAAAAAUUAUUAUUGGGAUUAUGGAGAACUGCCAAUCAUCAUAAGGAACAAGCUGUGAUGUUGAAAUUUCUUGCAAAUAAUUUUGAUGAAUCAAAAUGGAAAACUGCUGCUUUAAAAAACGCUUAUUUAAAAGAUGCUGUAAAUGUUUGUUUGAAAUAUUUAGAUGAUUUUCAUUUAGCUAUUGCUAUUUGUCGUGUUUAUGAAGGUGAUAGUGGACCUGUACUCACAAGUAUUUUUAAGGAACAUAUUAUUCCAUUUGCUGUUAAAACUGGUGAUAGAUGGUUGGCUAGUUUAUCUUUUUGGUUUCUAAACCAACGAGAUAAAGCUGUAAAAGCUAUAAUGUUACCUCUAGAAACUUUAUGUGACGCAGAUCAAACAGUGCCAGAAUCGCAAAUUUCUACAUCAAAUUCACCUGAUGCAGCGCUUAUAGUUCUAUACAAACAAUUAAAAGAAAAAUCUGUACAGACACUUAGAGGAGCAGCAGAAAUCUCGGCAGAAACCGAGUUUUUCUUUGUGUUAAGAACUAUUUUUGCCUAUGAUAGGAUCGGGUGUCCAUUAUUAGCACUUCAUCUUGUUAAGUCAUGGACUUUCCCACCAGAAGAAGUAUCACUUUCAAAAAAUCCAAAUCAUAUCUUGAAAUCUAGACGUAGAACCACCAUUCUCGAUAUACCAUUACCAAACGAUGAUCCUAUUUCAAGCGGUGUAGUAAGUAUUGAUACUUGGAGUUGGGAUCCACCAAUCACACCUACUUCUCCUGAAGCCAGUAAAUCGAUUACAGAUAAAGCUAUUGAUGCAUUUUCAGAUGAGCCGCAGCAUAUACGACAUCAAAGAGUUGGCUCAUUCUCAAGAAAAACAUCAUUAGAUUUUAAUAACAAUUCAUUAAAUAAUGAAGAUGACGAUAAUAAUAUUUGGAGUUGGAAUAGCCCUAAAUCAUUUCAAAAUUAUGUUAAAAGAUUGGCUCAGGAUCCAGAACUUUUUAAUAAUAGUUCUUAUUAUAGUGAUUAUAUUAAUAAACUUGAACAAGGACUAAGUUCAAUUUGUAAAUCUGUAAAAAUAAUCUAUAUCAUCAUUAACCUUAAAUCUCUAUUCCUUUCUUUUACAAGAUGUCUUGAAACAGAUGCUUAUGAUUUAUUAGAACAUUUUAAAUCGUAUAAAGAGGAUAAUAAAUCUAAAAAGAGUUCAAGUGCUUACUCAUAA